GGUACAACUGCUUUGCGACAUCAUGAAACCGGCUGGCAGUUACCAGUGCAUAGAGAAUUCGUCUAAUUUAGGAAAACUUUAUGUUUAGCAUUUUACAUUGGCGUUACGGUACGAUGCGUUACGAGAAAGUUUUUCAAAGGGAGCCAAAAAAGAGCUUAAAUUUUCCCGCGUCUGCAAUACAGCUUUCGUAUCCCGAGGGUUGCCUCCCCAAGCGUCACACAGCCACUAAACGGGGUCUAAAACGACUUCAGCUUUUAGCCUCAAAGGUAUCUUGAAAAACUCCGUUUAGCAGACGAUAAACGACCCAAGUGCCACAAAUCCACUAAACGACCACUAAACGGCUUCUAAACGACUCAAGUUCUCUACCUAAACGGAAUAUAGAAAGACUUCGUUUAGCAGACGGCAAACGACUCAUGCAUUCUAAAAAUAGCAAAAAAGCUGGUGGCGCUCUCUGUUGGUGGGAUACCCCAACCAGUGGAGCUUCAUCGCUUGGAGGAGAGCUUUCUCAUUUCCUCUGUACUGUUGUAUGGUUUCGCAUUGAAGUUAUGCAUCGCUAGAACUAGAACGGCGAUACGAUUGUUUAAAUACUAAACUCCAAUGGAAACCACCAGCAUUGAAGCAAGUGAGAUUUGAGUAAUGGUAGUUGGUGUUGAUACCCACGUAUCUGACCACAAGACCAUCCAUAUAGAUUUUUGCUCGGAAAGUUAGAAGGCUAUAUAGGUCAUGAUAAGAUGAAACUUGUCGAAACACAUUGCAAGAAAAGGAUAGCAAUAUAAUGAUGAGUUGUAAUACGCCAUCUAUUGAUCAAACCAACGAAGCUGUGGAGCUUUCAUUUUUUUUCUAUGGAUAUUCAAUUUUCCAGUCGUUUAAGCUUAAUCUAUGGCGCUUGGGUUCCCACUUGCUUCAGUUCUGAUGAGUCACAUUGGAGUUUAGUAUUCAAACAAUUGUAUCGCCGUUCUAGUUCUAGCGAUACAACAGUACAGAGGGAAGGAGAAAGCUCUCCAAGCGAGGUAAGCUCCACUGUGUGGCUACAGAGGGAAGGAGAAAGCUCUCAAAGCGAAAGCUCCACUGUUUGGCUAUCUUAGCAACAGAUGGCGCCACCAACUUUUUCUUAUGUUUAGCAUGCAUCAGUCGUUUACCAGUUUGCUGAACGAAGACUUUUUAAAUUCCGUUUAGGUUAAGAGCUUGAGCCGUUUAGAGCCCGUUUAUUGGUCGUUUAGUGGAGUUGUGGCACUUGGUAGAGAACCGAAAACGGCCGCAAAAUACUGCUUAUCUCUAAUUUCCGCGUAAGUCGAAUCUCGUGAUUUCCAGCCAAAAUAUCACUGACAGUAGAACGUCGAUUAUCCGGGGACGGCUGUUCAAACGUACGGCGAACAUUUGCAGCGAUAGUCAAGCGGGCAACUAGUUUUUUAUGCCGCUCUGUAUUGCCUUGUAAUAUUCUCGAAAUUAAUAUUUGUUCAUUAACAGCUGUUAAACCUAUAGUUAUUGAAUAGAAUAAUAACGUACUAACGAUUAAUCGAUUGAUUCAAGCUGAAUCAAUUAUAAAGCUAGUGAAUUUCCAGGCUACUAAAUAUUGACAGUUACAAAUCUUCACGAUUUGAACAAUGUGUCAGCAUUUUGUCACGCCCGUGGCCUCCCGCCUGAUGAAAUGCCGCGUAUGCGAUUAUCGCACCGUCGUGUAGAGACCAUGCGUAAAUAUAAACAAUCAUUGCCUUGCGGCCGUCAAUUUGAUGAUCAUUGCCGUUUCCCGCCUCGAAUGGAUCUGAUAUCGCGAUAGUGCGUGUUCUACAAUAAUCCCCUUGUUUUUGUCCUAUCCCAGAAAUUUGGUAUCAUAAACAGAGUUCUUCAGAAUGGUUAGCGCCAGUAUGAUCGAUCAUUCGGAUCAGGUUUUAGUGAGCCUGGGAGAAUUAUGCAUAUCGGAUGAUUAUUCCGAUGUAACAUUCGUCGUAGAAAACGAGCGUAUUUCAGCGCACCGCGCCAUCCUAGCAGUACGGUGUGAGUACUUCCGGGCGCUUCUGUACGGUGGUCUGGAGGAGAGUAAGCAGUCCGAAAUAACGCUUGAUGUAUCGUCAACCGCCUUCAAGCAUCUGCUCCGGUACAUCUACACCGGCUCCUUGGAAUUGAAGGACAUGGAGGUGGACGAUAUACUGACUUUACUCGGAUUAGUCCACCAAUAUGGCAUCACUGCCUUCGUGAAAGCCAUCUCAGACUACCUGUAUGGAGUGUUGACUGUGGAGAAUGUGUGUACCAUUGCGGACGAAGCGCGUUUGCUUGAUUUAAAGGAUUUAAUGGAGAAAUGUUAUGAAUUUAUUGAUGAAAACACGCGGAGCAUCAUGAAACUAGAAUCCUUCAGCAAACUGUCAUACGACAUGCUUAGCAGCGUGAUCGAUCGCAACAGCUUAAACAUUGAAGAGAUCGAAAUUUUCCAAGCCAUUCACAAGUGGUGCAAGAGCAACGAAAAUAAGGGGUGCAAAAUAGGCGAAAAGAAAAGGUCUAUUUAUGAUAAAGUACGCUAUGAAGCAAUACCGCGAAAUAGUUUACUUGACAUAGUGCGUCCUACUGGUGUUCUAAAUCCGAAUCAAUUGUUGGAUGUAAUAUCAGCUCAAGAUAAAACCGGCGUUCAUCCCUACCGAGCUGGUUCAUCACCGGGUAAAGACGUAGCUGCAAACGCGAAAGUGGAAUGGACAACGGCUGCAGAACAUAAUCAAGUUCGUUUUGACCUUGGAAAACAUUACCACAUUAUCCAGGCACAUUAUCCAUUGUAGUUGCUUUCCCGCCCAUUCCGAAGCAGGAAAAUCUGUCGGUGUCAUCUGAUGGCAAAUCAUGGUCCACCGUGUCUUUGGGAGCACAGAAUACCGCUUAUUUCCAGAGCCAUCCAUCCAUUAGCUUCCGUAUGCAACCAGUGCGAUACAUCCGCUUUCAAACGCCGUAUUAUAAAGAGAAUUCCCCGAUUUCUAUAUCGGCCAUGUUAAACCCUUUCCAAGGUGCACAAAAUAACGAAUCGCCUGCUAAACCUCGUUAAUAUGACUACAAGCCCCUUUUUUAUUUAGUUUUGUUUAUCAACUUAUAUUAUUAUAGAUAUGGUUAUCCAAUUGCAAAAUACAUUAGCAUUGUAAUCGAUCGGUGGGCGCCUUGUUUCAUUGAUCAGAGAGAAUUUCAAA